AAAAGCUCAUAUCGUUGCUCGGGGAGCGUGCAGCACUGCGACAGAAGAACACAAUUUUCUAUAUUUUUAUCUUAUUAUUCGCGAGCUAUUGCUCGAAUCUCCUUGCAACGCCCUUGUCUGUGAGUCAUAGCAAAAGCACUCGGACAAUCAUUCACCACUGAUAAGACAAACAAUGGUGUACCGUAAACAUUUACCAGUGCAACGGCUUGAAUGAAAUCGUACUAUGAUAACCGAUAAUUGGUGAUCUACACUUUUAUUGUAUCAUCUCCGAGUUCCUAAGAUAUUCAGACCAAUAUUGAGAACGAGUGUUGCCUAAAACUCUCGAAAUUGCUGGUAUCAACACAAGUUCGAAAGUCCCAACCGCUGCCGAAGUGUAAGCAAAGAUAAUAGUUUUAAGCAAGAAUUAUACCAGUUGGACUAACAAUCGUUGGAAUAGUGCAGAGGCCACGCGGGCCGCCUCCAAAGAAAUCGACACCGACUAUAUUUUGUUACCGCAAACAAAAAGAAGACACCAUAAACUUUCCGCCAGCUCGUAACGAGCGGUCAUGGAUGAACACCGGCGAACAAUGCGUUUCCUGUUACUUAUAGCAUUAGUUUUGGGAAGCUCCGCCCUGGAUCCACCAGGUGAAUGGGAGUCGCCUCCCUUUGAAUCGGUGGAUGACAGAAUCAAAGUCUCCGACUACGAUGACGAAACCACGGCGGUAUUGAUCACGUUGCCGGAGGAAAUUCCAUCUCCUUUUACGAUGGUUAAGUUGAACUACCGGGGAGACAGAAUCAGCUUAGUAGAUCUUCCCGAUGGGCUAGGAGCGCAAUUAGUUCGGGAAGGAAACGAGUUGUUCAUCGUAAUAAACAGUCGAUUGGAUUACGAACAGCCAGCGCAUCAAAAAUAUAUGAUUAAUAUGAUUGUUGAAAACGUUCGGAUUUUCAUAAGAAUAAAACUACUAAAUAUCCUGGAUAACGCUCCUGUUAUGUCCAGUGACAACGAUUGCUUGAUAGACGAAGGCCGCGGAGACUUUCUAUCAAACUGCAGUUAUACGGUACGUCACGAUGACGGCUUCGAAAAAGAUGGAAUCGAAAGUCAAUUCACUAAUCGGCUGGAGUUUGUGAUUCCCGACAGUGAGGCUGAGCUUUUCGAAUUUGAAGAAACCGGGACGGUGGAUGUCACCAAACAGUUCCAAUUAAGAGUGCGGAAGCCCCUGGAUUACAGCCUGCGAGCAGUGUACAGCUUCCCCGUAACGGUUUACGAUUUAGACCGAAGGCACAAUUUCACUUUGAAUCUGGUCGUACAGGUCCAAAACGUCGAAAGUCGUUUUCCCAUUUUUACCCGACCGUUCACGACACAGCGCAUUCCAGAAAAGGAACGCUUAAGUACGCUUGUGAUUGCCCUUGAUGGGGACACCGGACUCAACAUGCCGAUUUGCUAUAGUGUAGAAGCGGAGGAACAGGAAAAAUAUGGGAAAUAUUUCAGUAUUGAUAGCCAAACUGGACUCCUGAGUGUGGCGGGAAUUGACCGAGAUGCGGAGCAGAAUGAAAUCUACAAGUUCACGAUAUCCGCAUACAAGUGUCACAACCCAGCGUAUGUGACCAAAAACGAGGCUGCCAUUAUUCUGGACGAUAUUAACGAUAACUCUCCGAAGGUCAACGUCACCCCGACAGAGUUAGUAUUCUGGGAAAACACACAGAUGGAGCUUCCAGUGAAUAGAUUUUUCAUCGAAGAUAUAGACCUGGGAGACCACGCAACGUACCAGGUGGAGUUGCACGAAAAGGUCUCUGGAAUCGAUCUACCGGGGGCCGAUUCGUUCAGUAUCGUCCCGACCGGUGGUUACCAGCUGACCCAUUUCACACUGACCAUUGUCAAUACCAACCAACUGGACUACGAGCUUCCCGAGCGUCAAUGGUUUCAGCUAAUCGUCACGGCUACGGAGCUAGCUAACAGUUCUCACACAGACCAGCAAGAGCUGAACAUUACUCUGCUAAACUGGAACGAUGAAGUUCCGGUCUUCGAUCAGGACACUUAUGAUGUCGAAAUAAAUGAAACAAUUGAAACCGGGUAUCCCCUGUUACAAGUUCACGUAACGGAUCGCGACGUCGACGAUGUCGUGAAUCUGCGAAUCCUCAGUCGCAUAAGUAACGAUCUUGCGAUCACUAGGCUAAGUGAUGAAACCUCUGCAAACACAUUCAGCUUCGAAAUAAGCACCAAUCGGGACGGUAUUUUCGAUUACGAUGUAGCUCCAGAGGUAAUCGUUCAGUUGGAAGCCCAGGACACACUCCAGACAGCAAAAGAGGAACCAGUCCACAAGGUAUUCGCGCAGAUAGUGAUUAACGUUUUGGAUGUCAACAACAAACCUCCUACAAUUACAGUACCCCGAGGAGUAAUGCAAAUCGCUGAGAACUCUGAACCAAACACGGCUAUCACUAUCGAUGAACUUUCAGAUGCCGAGAUCAUUGGAACUGAUCCAGAUACCACAGCCGACCUUCAGUUUACAAUAGACUGGCAGACGAGUUACGGGGUGAAAGAAGGGCGGCAAGUUGCUCCAGAGAAAUUCGAAGGAUGCUUAGUUUUCGAUGUCAACAGAGAGGAUCGAAAUCGAGUUGUCGGAAAAAUACGAGUUAAUCCAGAACUUGACCAGGAAACUAUUAACAAAAAGUUGGAUUACGAAACGUACGAGACGUUGUUUCUCACAGUAAAACUGGUAGACUCCAACCAAGUGGUUCCACCGGGUGACACGGAGGCCAUUAUCGUUGUUCAGAUUAAGGACGUCAAUGAUAAUGCUCCGGAGUUUAAGGGAAACACACUUCAGAUCGAUCGGUUCGUGCUGGAAGAAGCUGAAACGGGAACGAUCGUUGGCAGCAUAGCUGCCGAAGACAAAGAUGGUCCCGAAUUUAACCAGAUAAGUUACAAUUUAUCUCCACAGGUGACGGAUCACGAAGGCUGGAUUAUGAUAGAUGCAACAGGAAUGUUGUCGGUGAACGCAACGGAAAAACCAAUUGAUUGCGACAUCCCGGUUACCUAUUAUAUUCCGUUGAACAUAACCCUUAGCGAUGGUCUCUUCGAAACGCACGGUACGCUUCAGAUUACCAUUACCGACACGAACAAUAAGAUCCCUUCAUUCGAAAGUAUGCCGGAGAAGGUAGAAAUCUGGGAGAAAUCAUCAUCCGGUACGGAGAUUCUCGAGAUGGAAGUAACUGAUCUGGAUCGUGAUGAACCGUUCCACACGGUUGCAUUCGAAAUUGACUACAAGACCAGUUCGGAAAACCUGCAAUACUAUUUCGAGGUGAACAGCAUAGUUGAAUCGGUACCCGCGAAUCAACGAUCACGACAACUCGGAAGAGUGGUGGUGAAGGAGAACAAUCGGCUGCUCGAUCGGGACAAUGGAAUAGAACGAUUUACCAUCAGCGUGAAAGCUCACGACAAUCCGAACAGCUCGGGACGGAAAAAUACAGCCGAAGCACUGUUUACACUAGUUCUGUUGGAUAUCAAUGAUCAAACACCGGAGAUGCCAGAGUACCCAGAGCUACUGCUCAAAGAGGACGCUCUGAAAGGCGCUCCUGUAGUGGUACCAUUUACUGCUACCGAUCGGGACGAUCGCAAUACUCCGAACGCUAAGAUCAACUAUCAGCUGACGAGCAUCUCGGCAGCCGGUGAGAAUUCCGCAGCGGUAGUCGCAGACCAGGAGACUAUCGACACUCUAUUCACAGUGCAGCAGACGGGUGAGUACGUGGCUUCGUUCGAGGUAGGAAAGAACCUGAAAGGAUUCUACGGCAGCUGGACGGUCGGAAUUGAGGCCUGCGACCGCGGUGAUGAGUACGAAUUGGUGACGAACAGUCCUCGGUUGUGUGCCAAUGCAACCUACACCGUACGUGUGGAUCCGGUCAACUACAUGGCACCGGAGAUUAACUAUCCGACUAACGAAGAACGGAUUCGGCUCAAAUUUGAGUCGCUAGCGAAUGGGCGACCGCUGGUGAACGUGCAGGGAGAAACAAUUUCGAACUUCGCUGCUACGGACACGGAUGGUGGUGACUUCGGCGUGGUGAAUUUCUCCCUGCAGAGCACGAACGCCGACAGCCAGGACCACGUGUACUUUGCGCUGAACACCUUGGACAAAAAUCACGCUCAGCUGGUACUAGUGAAUGCUGAAGCAGUCGAAGACAAAGCGUAUCAGGUCACUGUCAUCGCCACAGACGGAGGAAAUCUUUCGUCUAAACCGGUCAAGAUAGUUAUAGUUUUCAUAGACAUGACGGGCGAGCCAGCAUUUGAAGACACUGUUUUCGAAACUGAUUUUACAGAGAACGAACUCGGUCUAGCGGAAACUCGAACCAUACCGGCUGCCGAUGAUCCGAAAAAUGCCGAGCUUCCACCUGAGGAACACAAAAACGUGUUCUACUUCAUCGACGAUGCCUACGGAAGUUCCAGCCAUCUGUUCGAGCUGAACAAAGAAACUCGUGUUCUUCGACUAACUCAGGAGCUGGACCGCGAAGAAAUUGCUUCGCACGAAAUUCGAGUGAUUGCAACCAACAACAUCAACGGACCCACAACGUCGACGCCCGCCGAUUCGAAAGCGGCCUUGAUCGUGCGUAUCAAGGUGAACGACGUCAAUGAUAAUCCUCCCAAGUUCCGAUCCGAUACGUACUCGGCUGGAAUUACCUCGAACGACUACAGUGGGAAAAUUUUGUUCACAGUGGUAGCCGAUGAUCCGGACGAAGACGAUCUCGUAACGUACAGUAUCGACGCGAGCUCACUGGAGGCACAGGGCGACAAUCUGCCGACUUCCCCGAUGCCGUUUAACAUGGGUGCGGAAAACGGUCAGCUGUCACUGGCGACUCAAAUACAGAGCACGAUGAAGGGUUACUAUACGUUUACGAUUGUCGCCACCGAUCUUGUUGAUCACACGGACAGGGCAUCUGUGAAGAUUUACUUAAUAACGGAGUCCAAUCGGGUUAAAUUUGUGUUCCUCAACUAUAAGGCGGAAGUCGAUACACCAGAAAUGAGAAGCUUCCUGGAGGAGCAACUUGGCGCACACUACGAGAUGGCUUGCAACAUCGACGAUGUAGUUCAGGGUAGUCUUGGGGGGGUUACACGGGCUGACGAGGAUCAAAGAGUCACAGACGUAAGAGCACAUUUUAUUCGUAACAAUGAAGCGGUCGAGGCCGUCGAAAUUCAACAGCGUUCCAAUGAUCGCGUUUUCGUGACUAAUCUUAAGACAGCGCUUUCUGCCCGGCAGCUUUUGCUGCAGGAUGUUCCUAUAACGAGCGUUGAGGAAAUAGAAGAAACGAAUGAACUGCUGAACAUCGUGUUGAUCGUAGUUGCGUCCGCUCUGGGCAUAGUUUGCGUUAUUCUGUUGGUCGCGUUCUGUAUCAAGAUACGUAGCCUCAACAGACAGCUGAAGGCAUUAUCGGCUACGGAUUUCGGUUCUAUUGCGUCCGAUAUCAACGGAGGCAGAAAGGUUCCGACGUCGAAUGUAUUCGCGGUGGAGGGCUCCAAUCCUGUGCUCAACGAUCACGCGUUUCCCAAAGGCGCUUUCGAUGAUAUCAGCGUUCAGUCGUACGAGUCGGACUUCGUGGGAAUCGAUAACGACUUAUUUAAAACCGAUCGAAAGGACGACGAAUUGAAUCCACAGCUUAUUGAACAUAUCAAACAACAUUCACUAAAUCCGAUGGUGAACGGAGGAGGCGGCACUGGUCAAGGAAUCACACUGAGGAGAGAAACAGAUAGCACGGAUGAACUGACGCAUAAAUUCUGAUGAAGGUCGGAUUUUUGUCACAUGGUUUUACUAUCAUACUCAUGUCUUCCAUUACAAGCGGUAGUCAAACCAAUGCAAAUAUUUAUUCGGCUUCGCCCUUUAAUAGACCAGUGAACUAUGGUUUCGAACGGUAGUGAACAAAAAUACAUUAAGCACUGAAAAUAAAACUUAUAAUUAAUAUAA